CAGACUCUUUAACCUACUGGCAAACCGGAGAGACACGGAAACGCCCCACACCUGACUCCCCCUAACUGUCACCACACCUCUGGAGAAACAUCUGAACUAAUUCAACAGAGCAAAGGCAGAAGUAGCUGGAGGGACCAAAAGCAUCUGUGAUUUGUUUGUGGAAGUAUAGCGCGCGCUCAUGGCGGCAGCUCGGCUGCUUUAGGAGGGUUACUUCAGUGGAUUUUAGUGGGAGAAACUAAAUGAUGUCAGACAGAAUAAUGGAUACACUCAGAUUGUCUGCUGCUCUUCUUCUACUUCUGUCUUUAUUCAGCUGUGGAAGCGCUAUACAGUUUCCCGACUCCCAACUGACCCGCAAAUGGGCAGAACAGAUGCAAGAGGAGCUUGUGCAGUUGAUCGAUGCUGAGAGCGGCAUACAAAAGCUCAAAGAAAUUUUCAAGGAUUUGCACAAACACUAUACUGUGAAGCAAAACAACGCUCAACAGCUGGUGGCAAAAGCUGCGCGUGAAAUCGACAAACUUCUUGCCAACCGCUCCAAAGCUCUAGAAGCGCUGGCGACUGCUGCGGAGAAACUGCAGAUGGAACACCAGUGGAAGGAUGACCUUGACGUGAAUGAGACCAUCUACUACAAUGCCAAGGACAAGUUUCACAUUAAUGACACGGAAAUGCACCAAAACCGGGUCCGACCAGAAUUCAAAGAGGAUCCUGCUUUCAAACGCCUUGUUUCAUACAAUACGACAGCAGUGCACAUUCCCACAGAUAUUUAUGAGGGCUCCAAUAUAAUCCUGAAUGAGCUAAACUGGACUGCGGCUCUGGAUGAGGUCUUCAGGAAGAACAAGGAAGAUGACCCGUCCCUCCUCUGGCAGGUGUUUGGCAGUGCAACUGGCCUGGCUCGAUACUUCCCAGCUUCUCCUUGGGUUGACACAAAGAACACACCGAACAAGAUCGACCUGUAUGAUGUACGCCGAAGGCCCUGGUAUAUCCAGGGUGCAGCUUCACCUAAAGACAUGUUGAUCCUGGUGGAUGCGAGUGGAAGUGUGUCGGGCCUGACGUUGAAGCUCAUUCGCACUUCCGUCAGUGAGAUGCUGGAAACCCUCUCUGAUGAUGAUUACGUCAACAUUGUCUCUUUCAACAAUUCGGCCAAGUCGGUUGCCUGCUUUGAAAACCUGGUCCAAGCAAACGUCCGCAAUAAGAAGAUUCUGAAGGAGGCGGUGCAGAAGAUCACUGCGAACGGCACCACUGACUAUAAAAUCGGCUUCAAGGAGGCGUUUGACCAGCUCUCCUCAAUGAAUGUUUCAAGAGCAAACUGUAAUAAGAUCAUCAUGCUAUUCACUGACGGAGGGGAGGACAGAGCUUCAGAGAUCUUUGAAGAGUACAACCCCCUCAAGAAGGUUCGAAUCUUCACCUUCUCUGUGGGCCAGCACAACUAUGAUAAGACACCAAUUCAAUGGAUGGCUUGCAAUAACAAAGGUUUUUAUUAUGAGAUUCCAUCCAUUGGAGCCAUCAGGAUUAACACCCAGGAGUACCUGGAUGUGUUGGGCAGACCCAUGGUGAAAGAAGACAAGAAAGCAAAAAACGUGCAGUGGACCAACGUUUACGUGGAUGCACUGGAACUGGGCCUCGUGAUUACAGGCACUCUGCCAGUGUUCAAUAAAACCAGGAACAGUCGAGACAAGACUAAGGGCCAGAGCCAGUUGAUUCUGGGGGUGAUGGCCAUAGACGUGUCUCUGGACGACAUCAAGAGACUGACUCCUCGUUUCACUCUCGGGCCAAAUGGAUAUUACUUCGCCAUCGACCCCAACGGCUAUGUGCUACUUCAUCCCAACCUUCGGCCAAAGGAUCUCAAGUCUCAGGAACCCGUGACGUUGGACUUCCUGGAUGCUGAACUAGAGGAUGAAAUGAAAGUAGAGAUCAGAAGAAACAUGAUAGAUGGUCUCAAGGGUCAAAAGGGAUUCCACACACUUGUAAAGUCACAAGAUGAGCGUUACAUAGACAGGGGCACCAGAACCUACACUUGGGCUCCAGUCAAUGAGACAGACUACAGUCUUGCUUUAGUUCUACCCGAUUACAGUGUGAGCUACAUCAAGGCCACUAUUGGAGAUACCAUCACUCAAGCAAAAUUUUCUGAAAGCCUGCAGGUGGACAAAUUUGAAGAGUAUGGAUAUACUUUAAUAGCACCCAGAGAUUACUGCACAGAUCUGAAAGCUCAGAGUGACAACAACACACAAUUUCUCAUCGACUUCAAUCAAUACAUUGACACAAAGACCCCCAACAACCCACUGUGUGAUAUGGACCUAAUAAAUAGGAUGCUGCUGGACGCUGGCAUCACCGCUGAACUGGCCAAACACUGGAGCGAACAAGGACUGAAUGACAGAAUCAAGGCUAAGUUUGUGGCGACAGAUGGCGGUGUCACUAGAGUCUAUCCUGCGAGUGCUGGUCCAGAAUGGACAGAAGAGGCAGAAACGUAUGAGUCCAGUUUCUACAAGAGAAGUCUAGACAAUGAUGUUUAUAUAUUUACAUCAUACGCAAUCAAUAAAACUCACGAUUCAAUUUUAGCAAGCAGAGCGAUGGACCUGAGAAUUGAUGAAUUCAUGCUGAAACCAGCAGUUGUCGGUGUAAAACUGGAUAUACAGACCUGGAUGGAAAGCUUCAUGAACACUACAAUUACGCCUAAAUGUGUUGGUGAAAUCUGUGGGUGCAGGAGAAAUGAUGCGUAUCUGGACUGUGUACUUCUGGACGAUGGAGGCUUCCUUGUCAUGGCCAAUCAGGACGAGCACAUGAGUAUGAUCGGAACGUUUUUCGGGAUGAUUGACCCCAGCCUAAUGAGAAAUAUGAUGAAUGUCUCCCUCUACUCACUCAACAAAACCUAUGACUACCAGGCCCUCUGUGAACCCACCAGAGAAUCUAAAGCUGCCGCUGGUCUCAGAUCAGUCUACGUGCCCACCAUAGCCGACAUCCUGAACAUUGGUUGGUGGGCUUCUGCAGCAGCCUGGUCAAUAUUGCAGCAGUUGUUUGUCAGCAUCACAUUUCCUAAUUUCCUUGAGGCAGUGGAACAAGAUGAUGGCCUGUCUGAAAUACCACAUAAAGAGAGUUGCAUUAAAGAGCAGACGCAGUAUUUCUUUGAGAACAACGAGACAACUUUUAAGGGGACUGUUGAGUGUCUAAACUGCUCUAGGCAGUUCAUAGCUGAAAAGCUUCCGAAGACAAAUCUGGUGCUUAUUGUUGCUGACACACAGAUGAGUUGCCAGAUAUGUGAUGAAAAUCCAUUCUCCCAGGAAGAAAAGCCUUCUCCGGGUCCAGAUCCCUGCAAGUUAGCCCAGAACCCACGGUAUCGGAAAGGUCCGAAAGAGUGCUUUGACAACAACUUUGAUGAGCAGAAUGAGGAAUGUGGGGCAUCAGGUCUGACUCCAUCUAUCGUGUCCGUGGUCAUCCUCCAGUUGCUGCUGCUCUGGCUUCUUAUUGGACGAGGACAGUGUCUCUCGUGACCUCAGCACAGAGACACCACACCCCUCUACGAUGCCAAAACACAUACCACAUAACAUAUGAACGUUCAUCCGGACUCCCACGCCACAGCCCAGCACAUGGAGGGAGAGGCUCUGACCCAGGAAGUACAAAACCGAAGCCAUGAUCAUUCACAGCCCUUGAGGUCAAAGUAGGUCGGAGAUGAUAAAUGAGCAACGACCUUUAACAUUUGACCUCUGAGGUCGGACUCUCUCCACAUGAGCGACGGGGUGG